UAAUAGUUGAGCCGCGGCUGCCGCUGGUGCCAUGCGGGCUCCGUGAGCGAGAGGAGAAACCUCGCGCGAGCCAGACCAGCCAGCCUACAACAACAACAAUAACCACAGCAGCAGCAACAACAACAACAACAGCGACCACCACGGGAGAUACAACAACAACAGUAGCAGCAGCGACGAGGCGGCGCGACGUGGAGCGAUCGUCCAUCAGGAGCCCGAGCGGGAGGAGGAGGGACGCGAGGCCGGCCGGCGGGCGGGCGGGCGGGAGGCGAUGAUGCGGGUCGGACGACUUGCGGUGCUGGCGUCGUUGAUAUCACCAUCAUCACCACCACCACCAUCAUCAUCAUCAGCAGCAGCAGAGGUAGAAGCAGCAGCAGCAGCCGCGGCGGCGUCGUCCUCCUCCUCGCGCUGCUGUCGCUGAUCGCGCAGCAGCAGCAGCACAGAUCAUGGCCGCGCAGGUCCCUCCGGCUGCAGGCGGCGGCGGCAACAGCAACAACAGCAGCAGCAACAGUAACAGAGACGCGGCUGAAGCCCCGGGACCCAAGGGGCAGCAGGGGCAGCAGCAGCAGGGGCCCGAGAGCCGUGACACGGGAGGAGGAGGCAAGGAUGGCGGCGGCGUGGUGUUGGUGGGGGGCGGCAAUCAGGAUGUGCUGUCUAACCACAGGCUCAAGGCGGGGGACGAGCCUCAAUAUGGUGGAGGUGGUGGAGGUGGAGGUGGCAGGGAGAUUGGGGCCCUUGGGGACUCUGAUGGUCGCGUGUUGCACCUUGCCAAGGGGCCUCAUCCUCCUCAUCCUCCUGCUGCCUCCCACUCGCAUCCCUCCUCUGUGGCUCCAUCCUCCUCCUCCAUCAUCGUCGUCUUCUUCAUCAUCAUCCGCUGCUGCUGCUGCUGCUGCCUCGCUGCCUCACCAGGGCCCCAUGGCAGAGGGCCCUGCCAUGGCCGGGGAGGCCCGAUACGAAGGCCCCCUUGGGGCAGCGGCAGCAGCGGCGGGGUACGGCUACCCGACCCCGUACCGAGGCCUUGGCGGCGGCGGUGGUGGAGGAGGUGGACCCGGGCCUCCCCCGGGGGCUCCCGGCUCCUCGUCCUCCACCUCGUCCACCUCCUCCUCCUCGACGUCGUCCUCUUACGAGCAACAUGGCGGACAACAAAGCCAGGCCGCUCUGCUGGUGGACGGGCCUCUCAACGCUCACGACGGCUACGCCAACAGCAGUGGAGGCGCGGGGCAGUACGGGGCAGGCGCCCACCACCAUCACCACCACCAUCAUCAGCACCAUCAUCAGCAGCAGCAGCAUCAUCAUCAGCAGUACGGCGGCUACGGAGCGCCUCCACCCAGGGGAUACCCGGCCCAGCCGGGAUACGUUCUGGGGGGGCCUCGUGUGGCAGCUCUAACCAAGCAGCAGCAGCAGCAACAACAACAGCAACAACAACACAUGAUGAGUGGCUAUGCGCACCACCACCAUCAUCAUCAGCACCACCAGCAGCAGCAGCAGCACCAGCAGACUCAGCAGCACCAUCACCAUCAGCACCACCAGCAGCAGCAGCACCAUCAUCAGCAGAGGUUGCUGAGCCACGUGAACUCUACACAGCCGCCUCCCAGCGGCGCGACCCCGACCCUCAAUCAGCUGCUGACCGCCCCCAGCCCCGCCAGGGCCUACAACAGCUACGCGGCCCAAGACUACCAACACCAGCACCAGGGCCUUCACCAGAGCCUCCACCAGGGCCUGCACGCCAGCAUGGCAGGGCCCAAAGCGGCCGAGCUGACGGCCCACGGCCAAUACGGAGCGGCUCAGCAGCAGCAGCAGCAGGCGGCGUGGGGAGGACAUCAGCGGACGCAUCCGGCCCUCAGUCCGGGUGGAUCUGGCCAGGCCCUCGCCAGAUCCCAGGGCAAUCCCAUGGAGCCCAUGGGGGUGAAGCGGCCGCAGCCGUACGGAAUGGGAGGUAGCCCCUACCCCCAGCACCCCCAGCAGGCCGGCCAGGGGGGGCCCUACUCGGCUCAGCAACCGUACAGCCCGCCCACCCCCCAGCGCUACCCGAUGGGAGCCCAGGGGGGCCCCCAGCCCCCCAUGGCGGCCGGUCCCUACUCGCAGAGACAGGCCGUGCCUGCUCAUUACGGCCACCAAGGGAUGUCUGGAUACUGCCCACCAGGCCAAGGCCAGCCCCACCAGGGCCAGCCUCACCCGGGCCAGCCCCACCCGGGCCAGCCUCACCCGGGCCAGCCCCACCCGGGCCAGCCCCACCAGGGCCAGCCCCACCCGGGCCAGCCGCACCCGGGCCAGCCACACCAGGCUCAAUCGCACCCGGGGCAGCCUCACCCGGGGCAGCCUCACCCGGGGCAGCCUCACCAGGGCCAGCCCCACCCGGGCCAGCCGCACCAGGGCCAGCCGCACCCGGGCCAGCCGCACCAGGGCCAGCAGCAGCAGCAGCAGGGCCAGCCGUAUUACGGGCAGCAGGGAGCGGGGGCGUAUGGGGGCCAGCGGUACCCCAUGCAGCAGGAGGUCCCGCAGGAGCUGUACGGAGGCAGAGGGCCCCAACCGCUCCCCGCUGGGAAGGCCGCCCAUGACGACAUGGGCAUGAUCCAGCCGGGCCGUCCCUCCAGCCUCCCCGAGGACGGACGAGGACUUGCGCAGGCACCGGGGAACUUUGCCGGACGGUGGCGGUGGCGGUGGCGGUUGUGGUUGCCGUGGCUACGCUGCACGUGGCUAUGCCCGUGGAGGCAGCAGGGCGAGGGGUUGCUGGAUCACCGCACAGAUUUUGGCGGAACUCCCUUCUAG